AUGGAUAAUAACUUCAAUGGCAACGAUGAUAGCCAUCGCAUAUCAUAUGCUCCAAAUGCAACACCAAGACCUUCUUCGGCUAGAAGGAGAAAACGGCUCAGUCUUCUCCCCAAUAAUGUGACUAUAGGGGCACCGAGAUUAAUGACACAGUUCAGUGUGAAAAGGAGGCGAUUACCAACAAAUUCAAUACCACAAUCCGUCCCUAGACCCUUUAGAGCAGCGAGCAGACUUAAUUCCUUUGAUGUAGCAUCUGAAUCACGCAGAAGAAUCACUCUUCAGAGGAUGUCAAACGGCCAAAUGCAACAAAUGCCACCUUUUUAUCCACCUUCAUCUAGUGGCCGAUUUUUCGAUGAUACAGCAUCUAUGGCACCUCCUUCAUCAUCAUCGAGGCCGAAACGAUUUUCUACAAUACCGGGCAGUCAGAGAAUACCGGAUCCAAGACUGAAAAGGGGUGAUCGUUCGUAUCAGGCAAAAAUGCAGAAAGAUCUCUUCGACUACCUUACAGCAAACAAGUUUGAUAUCCACAUGAAGCAGCAACUUACGGCAAGAACGCUCCGAAGUCCCACCCAGAAAGAGUUUAUUCUCAUGUUCCAGUUUUUAUACAAGAGGAUAGACCCAGGAUACAGGUUUGUGAGGUCUUCCGAGCAGGAUAUAUACUCCAUAUUGAAGUUUCUCGAGUAUCCAUACCUUGGGAAUAUUACAAAGUCGCAACUUGGUGCUGUUGGAGGAACAAGCUGGCCCACGUUUCUUGCAAUGCUUCACUGGAUCAUGCAAUUAGUCCAACAGGUGGAGAAUUUUGAUAAGAUUGAUCUCACUUCUUUGAAUCUCGUGCCAGAUGUUGAAUCACCAGAUCAGGCAGGGUUAUCAGAUAAUGAGAGUAAUAACAACUCGAUUGUUUUCAGCAAGAAGGAGACGGAUCCUGUAAUCUUACGUGAAAAUAGCAUUUUAGACCGCCUAUUUACCACAUUUGUCAUUAAUUCGUAUAAAAGCUAUUUGGCAACGGGGUCUACGGACUAUACUGAGUUCUACAGAGAUAUGGAAAGAGAAUAUAAAAAGCUCACUCAAGAUAUAGCAGCCAAAGCUGAACAUUUCAACGCUAAAAAUAAGGAAUUGGGUGUGGAGCUUUCCCGAAUGGAGGAGGAGCAUAAUCGGCUCCAGGCAAAGAUUGAUCGUAUGAAGGCAUUGAAGAUUGAUGUUAGUAAGUUUCAAAAGUAUGUGGAAUCACAGGAACAACGGAGUCAACAAUGGCCGACUAUUCUCAGCCGAGCUCAGCAAGAUAUUGACAGUGUGAAGAAAAGCAUAGCGGAAGCCAAGCAAGAAAAGGAUAAAAUAGUUGCGGAUCUCGGUAAGAAAGGUUUUACAUUACAUGAGAUUGAGGAAAUGCAUAAAACUAGGUCACGUUUAUCAUCCGAAUUUGAGUCUGUAACAGAAAAGCAGAAGCAGUUGAAUGUUUCUGUUGAUGAGAAGCGUAAAAAGUUGCAAGAGGAUUUCAAAAUACUCGACGGACUUGUUAAGGACUAUAAUAAGAAAAUGUACGACAUAUUGGACAAGUCAGAGCUGCCGGAAAUCAGAAAACUUAUUAUAACCGGAUUUUCUGACAGUUUAAUUACGGAUGAUAGCAAGUUGGGACUAAAGCCUGCAGAGCUUAUACCAGAGUUAGAAAAUGUGGAUCCCAGAACGGUAUUGGCCGGUCUCAAAACUAAGCUUCAGGAAAAGCAUGUUGAAAAUAGAGAGGAGUAUGUCCAGAUCCAGGAAAAGUUUGAUGAUUCAAACCUCGAAGCAGUUUCUUUGAAGGAUCAGUUGGAUGAGUUGGAGGAUAAAUUAGCCAAGUCAAGGAAAGAUUAUGAUGAAUUGAACGAGCAGAAGAAGGCAGAUGUUGCUUCAAAGCAGUGGGAAAUUGAGCAACAAAGCACACGCAUAAAGUCAUUACAAACAAGGUUGGAUGAAGAGCGUAAGCAAACAGAGGAGGAGUACGAAAAGAUGAAGUCACAGCUGAAAAAGUUGACUGUUGGAUUAGCGGAGCAGAGAAACAAGUUAUUGAUCGAGAUAGCCAACUCUAUUGGCUAUGUGAUAUCGUUCAAAACCGGAAUGAUGGGUGACCUAGAAAGUGCAAAUAAAGACCUGAUACAGGAGUGCAAGGAACAGAUUAAUAAUACGAAAGCGGAUCACUGA